ACAAGGUCAAACUGGGUACAAGCUAGAGGACACAAUUCUUCUUCUACCUGCUCACAGAACCCUCAGCCUACAGCAGUGACAAGGAGAAAGAGAGAGAUUGCAGAUUCGUUUUAAGGCCAUCUGUGCUUCCCAAUCGCAGGGACCCAGCCAGGCUGUACACAAUAAAUCUAGCAGGGGAUGGAAAGUAAUGAAUGCAAUUUAACACUAGCUCCCUGCGUGAAAGGAAAAAGCUAAGCAGUGAAUUGGAAGCCUUCAGCACCCUGGGCAGCGCCUACACAACUCUCAGUGCCAAUCAGCUGGGGAUGCCGAGCCAUUUAGCUCUGCUCUGGUUAAUUUAUUCCUGUCUUCAAACUCUCUCCAGCUUCCAGGCGCUCGGGAGUUUUAUUUCUGACAUUGUAAAGUGCUGACGGUUUAGCCUAAACGCGAGCUUCUGCUUGGAUUCCAAUACACUGCUGACGAGCAAAAAGUUUGGAGGAGUACAGGGACAGCAGCGGAGGCAAUAGCGGUGAAGGGGGAAAGGGGGAGACUGGGGACCAGACUGAGCUGCCGAAUGCUGGUCUUCCUCGGCUGAUCUGGAAGGAACGAUGACCGGAGCAGGAUGUGCACCAGCGGUCAGAUCAUCGGCAGCCUCCUGGUGCUCUCUCUGCUGGAGAUAGGGCUGGGCCUGUCCAGUGUGGCCGUGGGGACUGUCAGCUUCGUCCGGGUUAGGAUGGUGGCCAAACCGCAGCUGGGAGACUCUUCUCCGGUAUGGAGCGGGGCGUGUUUUCUGAUUUGCGGAGUGUGCGGAAUUUUCUGUGCAAAAAAGAAAUCAGGACUUAUAAUGAUUCUAUUCUCAGCCUGCUGUAUUUGUGGAUUAAUUGGAGGAAUAUUAAACAUUCAGUUCCUGCGUGCCCUGACCAAGAGAUCAUCAUCACUUUAUUCUUUGCACCUUGCGUCCAUAUCGCUUGCAUGUAUAGGAAUCAGUGGCUGCACGAUAUCUACGUGGCUAACCUGUCGACUAGCUAGCUACGAGCAAAGGAGAAUGUUUCUAGAAAGAGAACAUUCACUUCAUCAUUCUCAUGAAAUGACAGAAAAGGAAACAGCAGAAAAUGGAGGAGCGCAAUUGGUUUUUAAUGGAAGAGUUUAGACAUUUCUAAAAUAUUAUUAAUUAAAAUGUUAAUAUUUUAUGC